AUGCCUAGGUAUGCGAAGUUCUUAAAGGAGAUUCUUAGCAACAAAAGGAAGUUUGAGGACUUGGCGUGCGUGACACUAAACGAGGAAUGUUCGGCAAUUUUCCAGAACAAGUUACCGAAAAAGCGACAUGAUUUAGGGAAUUUUACUAUUCCUUGUAUUAUAGGUAACUUAUCUAUUGAUGAUGGUUUAGCUGAUUUGGGGGCUAGUAAUAAUGUAAUGUCAUACAGCCUGUUUGCAAAGUUAGGGCUGGGAGAGACUAAACCCACUAGGAUGAGUAUACUGUUAGCUGAUAGGUCUAUUAAGUAUCCUAGGGGUAUUGUAGAGAAUGUGCUUGUAAAAGUAAAUAAAUUUUUAUUUCUUGUUGAUUUUAUGAUCUUAGACAUGGACGGUGGUGGUACUGUACCCUUGAUUCUAGAUAGAAAUUUUCUUGCAACAUUUAGGGCAAUGAUAAAUUUUUAUGAUGGAAAGUUAAAACUUAGGGAAGUAUUAGUUGAAGACCCUCUACAAGUUACUUUGCCAAGGGGAAAUGAGCAUGAGCUGUCAAAUGAGGAAGUUUUAGAGCAGCUUGAGUUUCUAUUAGCAAACGAGCCAAGUAACAAUACUGAUGAGUUUGUUGUGAUUGAUAGUAUAGGUGUGCAGAAGUUGAGGCCAUCACUUGAGGAACCACCAGUUCUCGAUUUGAAAGAGCUUCCACAGCAUCUCGACUAUGCACAUAUGAAUGAGGAUAACAGGUUACUUGUCACUCUAGCAGUAGACUUGACACCCGAGACGUUGUCAGGCAUUUUAGGGGGCUUCCAAGAAACUGAUUCCACCUUGGAACAUCAGAUUCGUGAUAUGGGUUUUGGAUUGAAGGUUGAGGAGGAGUUUUGGAGCAAAUCAAGAAGCAAUUCUAGAGAUCAACUGCAGUGUAGAUCAAGGCUUUGA